AUGAUUCGCAGGCAAAAUAGACAAAGAAGAGACUAUCUCUACCGGAGAGCCCUCCUCCUCCGUGAUGCCGAGAUCAGUGAGAAACGGGCCAAACUCAGGGAGUCUCUCGCGACCGGCAAACCCUUAGACCGAGCAAUCGCAAACGAUGAACAAUUGAGGAAAGAUCUCGCAUACGAUGAAACGAGUGCAGACAUCAAGGAUCAACUCGAUCUUGACGACGAGUAUGCUGCACUCUCUGGUGUUGUCGACCCUCGCGUUCUUGUGACCACCUCUCGAUCCCCCUCAAGCAGACUCGCCGCCUUCUCGAAGGAGAUCAGACUGUUAAUGCCCACGGCUAUCCGGCUGAACCGAGGCAAUACAAUCUUGCCAGAGCUUGUGCGUUCCUGCAACAGCAGAGGCCUGUCCGACGUCGUACUUCUGCACGAGCAUCGAGGCACGCCCACGGCGAUGACAGUGUCUCACCUGCCUCAUGGACCCACGGUCUCAUUCUCUCUACACAACGUCGUCCUGAGACAGGACAUACCCAACAGCCUUCGUGGUACCGUCUCGGAAAGCUACCCUCACCUUAUCUUCGAGGGCUUCACUACGCCAGUGGGCCAGAGGAUCGUCAAGGUCCUCAAGCACCUGUUUCCUCCGCUGCCAGCGAUGACUAGCAAGCCCAAGAGCGGCAGGAUUGUCACAUUCAAGAACGUCGACGACAUCAUCGAGGUGAGGCACCAUGUCUUCGUUCGAACCUCGUACGACUCUUGCGAGCUCAGCGAGGUCGGCCCGAGGAUGAGCAUGCGGCCUUUCGAGAUACGAGGCGGAUCACUAGACAACAAGGAUGGUGAUGCCGAGUGGCACCUGAAUCAGUAUACACGUACAAGCAAGAAGAAGAAUUAUCUCUGA